AAAUGGACAAAAAUGGGUUUAUCGCCAUCGAAACUCAAAUAGCUGAUGAUUCCAGCGAGCAACCAAGACUCAUCUAUUUUUUGUAAUAUUUGUGCAAUGUAGUUCAGUUCGCAUUAAAGAGGGGCUUCCUUUAAACUUGACAUGGGGAUAGCAGAAACGGCCCUGUGUGUGUUGGACUUCCAGUGUGUUGGUGACAAUGUACUGCCUGUCUUGCCAUCUUCUUACCAGCGAAAGUUCUUCGCAGGUGCCUUGUUCACCAUGUUUUCCUCAUGGGUUUACUUCCUACUCGUGUGCUACUCGAGAAUUCCAGUGUUGCUUCGUCAGUGCUACUUGAUCUCAACUGGCGUCUACAUCCUGUUCGCUCUUCUCAACACCUCCUCUGUGCAUUACCUCAUCAUGUCUCUUCUGGUCUUCGCUCAAGUCAGACUCAUAUCAGCUAGAACUCUGCCAAUCACUUAUCUACUCUCAACCUACGCAUACUUAAGCUGCCGCCUUAUACACUUCAUGGUGGUCGACAAGGGUGAGACUCAAUUCCACGACUCAGGGCUCCUCAUGAUUCUCAUGGCCAGGUGCACUUUCAUGGCCUUCGGAGUGUAUGACCACAUGAGGCUCAAAAAGGGCCAUGACGAAGAAGUAGAGCUAACUGCGUUACAGCUACAGAAUGAACUUGAUGCGAGGCCGGGCUUCAUGGACUUCUUCUCGUAUGUCUACUUCUCGCCUUUUCUCUUUUUUGGUCCGUGUACUCCUUACAAAGCGGUGAAUGACUAUAUAUGGCUGUCUCAGGAGGAGAUCUCGAAGCGGCCUUCGUUCCUCCCCUUUCUUCUGCAGAGGUUUUCACUGGUUAUUUUCUUCUCGGUAUUUUUCCUCGUUUUUGCAGAUUACGCACAGGACGAAUGGCUGGUGACGUCACAUCAUUCGAUUGUGGUCAAGUGGAUUUGGUCUGUUUUCAUAGGUGAGCUGUUCAAAAUGCGAUACUACGUUGCCAUUCUUUUCGGCGAGUGCUGCGCUACAGCGAGCGGAGUCGGCUUCUCGGGAUUCGACCAAUCAAAACGAGCGCAGUUUGACAGCGUCCUCAAUAUGCGCAUAUUUGACUGCAUUUUUCCAUGCAGUCCUAAACUUCUGAUGGAAGGCUGGCAUAUCACUAUCUCACAAUGGCUAAGAUAUUCAGUGUAUGAAAGAGUUCCAGUCAUGAAAACGCUGGCCGUUUUCUUGGCAUCGGCAUUAUGGCACGGUUUCUACACGGGUAUUCUACUGGGAAUUGGCUAUGGAGCGGUUUUAGUUCUAGCCUCUCGGAAAAUGCGGAGACUACUUCGUCACAGAGUCAACACCGACUCUAAACUUGUUCAGCUAACUUAUGACGUCAUAACAACAGCUGUUUCGGUUUUGUUCAGCACGCCUUUUAUGUUGAUAUACAACGCCAACGAUGCAGAUAAAGUGUUGCCACUGGUCAAAAGCUUUCUCUGGAUGCCAACAGUUAUAUGCAUAUUAGUCGCUCUAUUGCCAAUACAGAGACCUAAAUCCAAAACAUCCUAGUGCCUACAAGCCAGUGACGUUGGCAAGUUUACAGUGUUGAUUUUAAACUGAUUUUUUUCU